AUGGGAGCAGACUAAUCAUAGUUAGCAGGCGCUGCUAAUAACGCCAAAUUCGCUACGGAGAGAUUUGAACUUGCAAGUGAUGAUUUUACUUUAGAUAGAGAUGCUCUAAAAGCUUACUUUAAGUGCUCCUAGAAGGAGUGUGAUAUUUUAUUUGAGCAUUUUGACAUGGAUGGUAAUGGUAAAAUUGAUUCCUACGAAUUUAUUUGCGCAAUGACGCUAUUUUCUCAUGCUACACUUGAGGUAAUUUAAGAUAUUUAAUCAAAUUAAUAGGAAAAAGCCCAGCUGAUAUUUAGUUUAUACGAUUUUGAUGGAUCUAAAUACAUUUCAAGGGAUGAAUUAGUUAUUCUUUUGACUAACUCCCUAUCAGCUUUGAAAUCAAUACAAAAAUUAGCUCCUCCUUCAAUCCAAGAGAUUGAAAAGAAAACUGACGAAUUCUUUAAGAAGGCUGAUUUGGAUGGAGAUAAGAAAAUAACUUUACCUGAAUUUUAGAAAUAUAUAUCUCAAGACAAAGAAAUUCUAGAGGUGUUACUGAGAGCUAAUGUAGCUAAAAAAGAAGAUUUAGGAAUGGAUUUUGGAGCAGGGAAAGGAGUAGCUCCUGAUGUAGACCCUGAUCUUGAAAAUGAAUGUAAUCCAAAGGAAUUAUAAAAAUCUGAGAAAAAACAAAAUGUCAGAGACGGACUAGACUUUAAAGUUAAACAAAAUGAUGACGGAGAAUUCUUCGAAUAAUAAGAUACUGGAGAAGGAGAUCAAUUUAUGGCUGUAAAACCUUGGCUAGGAGUAGUUGCUAAUUCUAAGCCUUCAACUCAUAUUCCAUCAAAGAGGGACGGAGAAGCACCUGAUGCAACAUUAUAACUAGAAUAUGUCUAUGGAUAUAGGUGUCAUGAUGCUAGAAACAAUUUAAAGUAUAACAUCAGAAAUCAACUAGUUUAUCAUGCAGCUGGAGUAGGUAUAGUCCAUGAUCAAGCCACAAAUACUUAGAAAUUCUUUUAGGAGCAUAAAGAUGAUAUACAUUGUCUUGCAAUAGAUCCAACUGGUAAAUUUGCUGCAACAGGUGAAAUAGGUCCAAAGCCAUUAUUAUGUGUAUGGGACACUGAAACAAUGUAAUGUGUGGUAAGAAUUCAAGGACCGUUGACAAAAGGUAUCAAAUGUUUAACAUUCUCUAAUGAUGGAAAAUAUCUUGCAGCAAGUGCUUUUGAUGAUGAUCAUUAAAUCGCUAUAUAUGAAUGGAAUAAAAAAUUAAAGCCAGGGGAAGUGAUUAAGCCAUUCUCAAGUGGAAAAGGAACAAGGGCUAAUAUUCUGAGUUUAGGAUUUAAUCCAACUGGAACUUAGCUCGUUGCUACUGCAGUAAAAGAAGUUAAUUUCUAUACAUUUGAGAAUGGAUUGUUAAAGGCAUAAAAAGGAACUGGUUGGGGAGCAAAAAUAGCACAGGAAGGUGUUUUAUGCUAGGCAUAUGUAGAUAACGCACUUUUUACAGGAACAUUUAGUGGAACAAUUUUGUAAUGGAAUGGAACAACAAUUUCUUAAGUACAUAAGGCUCAUACAGAGGGUUGUCAUUCUAUGAGUACUAGAGUAAAGGAGAGAGGCAUCAUUACCGGAGGAGGUAACGGUGAAGUAAUUUUAUGGAGUUUCGCAGGAAAUUAGUUGACUUAAUAGUAAAAGUAUGAUUUGAAAAUACCUGAAAUUAAAUCAAUGAUGCCAAAAGCAAGAUCAGUCCUAGAACACCCUGUUUCAGGAGUGAUUUUAGUUGGAACUAGAGGUGGAGAAAUUUUAGAAUUCAAACCAGCUGUGGCUAAACCAGUUAUUCAUAUGAGAUCUCACUUUGAAGGAGAACUAUGGGGUUUAGCAACUCAUCCAAUUAAAGAAGAAUUCAUAACUAUUGGAUAAGAUUGCAUGCUUGCUGUUUGGGAUAUUAAGGCAAGAAAGUAGAAAUAAUAUGGAAAAUUAGAUUGCGGUGGUAAUGUUCUAGCAUACACAAAAGAUGCAACUAAAUUAGCAAUAGGUUAUAUUAAUGGUACAGUACAAGUUUUACUCCUUGAUGCCUCAUUUUCUGUACAUGCUGUUAGAAAGGAUAGAAAGGAAGCUAUAUCUGAGAUCAAAUUCUCACCAGAUGAUAGUAUCUGUGCAGUCGGGGCUCAUGACAGUCAAAUCUUUACUUACGAUGCAAAGAAUAAUUUUAAACCUUUAAAAAAACUUAAAGGGCAUCCAAGCACUGUUAGCCACUUUGAUUUUUCAUUAGAUGGGAAUUACAUAAUGUCGAAUUGUACAUCAUAUAAUAUUCUAUUCUUUGAUGUAAGAGCAGGAAAGCACAAUCCUAGUGGUGCUAGUAGCCUAAGAGAUGAAAAAUGGAGCACAUGGACCUGCACUUUAGGAUGGUCAGUUCAAGGUAUAUUUCCUCCAUGCGCUGAUGGAUCUGAUAUCAAUGCCUGUGAUAGAUCUCCUGAGUAGACAGUAUUAGCCACAGCUGAUGACUUUGGAUUAGUAAAAUUAUUUAGGUAUCCAAAUCCAGUUGAGAGAGCAGCAUGCAAUUAAUACAAUGGUCAUUCAUCUCAUGUUACUAAUGUUAGAUUUGUUAAGAAUAGUCCAUAUUGCAUUACUACUGGAGGAGAAGAUAAGUCAAUAUUCUAAUGGAGAUACAACUUCAAUUCUCAAGCAGCUUUGGAAAGCAAAUAGUAUACAAAUGUCAAGCCAGACUUGAAUAACAUUAAAGAUGAUUUUGCUUCUGCAGACGACAAUAUGUUUGAGGAAUAAGACAUUGGUGAGGGAGAUCAAAGAUUAGCAGUACAACCCUUCAAAGGAGAAGUACUGAAUAGUGUUCCUAGAGGAUUCAAAUUAACUCCACAAUUAGGAGAAAAGCCAAAUGGAAAUCUAAAACUCAAGUACGCUCAUGGAUUCAGAAGUUUCGACACUAGAGGAAAUCUGAGGUAUAAAGACUAAAAUGAAAUCAUAUUCACAACAGCAGCUUUGGGAGUUGUACUAAAUAAGAAUAAUAACACUCAAAGAUUCUUUAAUCUGCAUGAAGAAGAUGUGGUCUCUAUGGCUAUUCAUCCAUCUAAAGAUAUCAUUGCUACUGGCUAAAUGGCAGCAAAGGGAAAGGCUAAAAUGAUUGAUAUUUUUGUGUGGAAGGUCUCCACACUUGAAUGUUUAGGAUAACUAAAUAAAUUCCACUUAAGAGCUGUGAGAAAUCUCUAGUUCUCUCCUUCAGGUGAUAAAUUAGUCUCAGUAGGCGAAGAUGAUUUCCAUUCUGUAGCAGUCUGGGAUUGGGCAAAUAAGCAAAUGAUCUCUAACUCUAAAGUCGAUCCUGACAAAGUAUUUGACGUUUGCUGGAAGGAUGAUCUAGAAUUUGCAACUGUAGGAAUGAAGCAUGUCAAAUUCUUUACCCUAAAUGGAGCUUCACUGAAUGGUGUAAAAGGAACAUACGGACCAGGUGGACCUAAAGCUACUAUUUGCUGCAAUUUCUUAUUUGACUCAAAGACCUUUGUGGCUGGAACUCCAUAAGGUGAGAUGCUAGUAUUCGGAGGUCGAGGAGUAAGCAAAUCAGUCAAAGCUCAUAGUGAUGCUCUAUGGGUAAUUUAACAGAUUAACUAAAAUGGGAAAAUAAUGGUCUUAACUGGAGGAAAUGAUGCCUAAAUUAAACUUUGGGAUUUAAAUCUUUCACCUCUCAAAACUAUUGAUUUAUCUCCUAUGUCAAAGUUCUAAGCAGGAGUUAGGUCUGUUGAUUACUUGCCUUAACAAAACUUAUUGCUAGUUGGAACAAGAGGUUCAGAAAUUAUCGAAAUUAAUGGUUUAACUGGAGCAAAAAUUAAGACAUUAAUUAAUGGUCACUUUGAGGGAUCUAAGCAAGCUGAGUUAUGGGGAUGUGCAGUUCAUCCAAAGCAACAACUGUUUGCUUCUUGUGGAGCUGACAAGACACUCAGAGUAUGGAAGGUGAAUGAGAUGGUUGCAGUAUCAGAGCUAUUCGAACAUGAUUUAACAGCUGCUGAUUGGGCUUAGAGCGGGGAUUUCUUGGUAGUAGGCGAUAGAUCAGGGCAAAUUCAUUCAGUAGAUGCUUAGACUCUUCAAAAGUUAGCGUCCUACAAAGGUGUUCUCUUUGAUCCAACAAAUCUCAAGACUUGGAUAGAAGAUGUGAAGAUAUCACCAAAAAACGAUAUGAUUGCUUUCGGAACUCAUGGAGGCUUAUCAAGAGUUGAACUAGUCAGAGUCGCAAAUCAAGGAAAACAAUUAUAAAAAAUAGCUUCUGUCAAUCUUGGAAUAUCUAGUGCUUUGACUCAUCUCGAUUGGAGUUUAGAUGGAAAUAGCAUUGUCCUAAAUUCGCAAGCUUAUGAGCUCAUGUGGCUAGAUGCUAAUUCAUAACAAAGAAUCACAGCAUCAUCAUCUAAGGAUAUUGAGUGGAACACAUGGACAUCCCUAUUUGGAUUCCCUGUACAAGGUAUAUGGCCAGGAGUUGAUUACACUGAUGUAAAUUCGGUCUGCAGAUCAAAUUCAAGAUUAAUACUUGCUUCUGCAGAUGAUUUUGGCAAAGUUAAAUUGUUCAAAUAUCCAUGUGUUGUUGAGAAUGCCUAAUAUAAUUCUUAUAUGGGCCAUAGUAGCCAUGUAACCAAAGUUAAAUUCAGUGCUAAUGAUAAAUUUGUGGUUACUACAGGAGGAAAUGAUAAAACAGUAAUUGUAUGGGAAACUGACUUUGGCCUUGAUAAUCCAUCCGCUUAAAUUCAAUAAGUAGAAGAGGAAAAAUUCUAAGCAGCAGUGAACUAUAAUGAUGACGACCUCGAAGGAUUUUGUGAGCCAAAGUUUGAUCGAAGCAAGGAGGCAAAAGCUCAGGCUAAAAGACUAGAAGCUGAAAAGAAUAAGAUCUAGACAAGAGCAUAAGUUGAGGAUGACAUGUUUGAAGUUCAAGAUGUAGGCCAUGGAACUGAAUUCGCGGCAGUAAAGCCAUGGGUUGGAUAAAUAAGGGAACCGACAGGAUACAAUAAACCUAAAAUAAAUCAAAAUCUCCCUCCUACUGUCAAAGUAGAACUUGAAUGGAUUCAUGGCUAUAGAUCCAGAGACUCUAGAAACAAUAUUGGGCUAAUUGUGGAUGGUUCAAUUGCAUAUCAUGCUGCAGCAGUUGGCGUCGUGUAUAACCCAGUUGAGCAUACUUAAAGAUUCUUUAAUAUGCAUACAGAUGAUAUCACAGCUAUUGCUUUCUCUCCAGAUAAAAGAAUUGUUGCUACUGGAGAAAUAGGACCAAAGCCAGUUAUUUACAUCUGGGAUGCAGUAACAAUGCAAGUUGUACAUAAACUCCAAGGAAAAUUAACAAAAGGUAUUUAAUGCUUAGCCUUCUCUCCAAGUGGAAAGAUUCUAGCAGCAGUUGCUAUUGACGAGGAUCAUUGUGUAGCAGUGUAUAAUGCAGAGACAGGAAUAUUACUUGGCACAGAAAAAGGUGAUAAAGCUUGGAUCAUAGACAUUACAUUCAAGGAUGAGACAACAUUUGCUACAUCAGGAGUCAAACAUUUCAAGGAAUGGUCAGUUGGAUCUACUCUGACUGGAAGGAAAGGUCAAUUCGGGUAAAAUGAUAUGAGACAUGGAGUCUGCAGAUAUGUUGGAAAUAAUUGUGUGAGUGCCUCAAUAAAUGGAGAACUCUAUGUUUGGACAGGGACAUCUAUUUCAAAGGCUAUUAAGCUUCAUGAUAAGCCUAUUGAUUGCAUCCAAGUUGUUUAAGGUGGCUAGUAUGUAUUAACUGGUGGUAAAGAUAAUAAGAUAAAUAUUCUUACCUAACAAUUUGCAGUGCUUCAUAGCUUUAUAAUCAAUGAGUAAGCCUGGAGUUCUAUCUGUGGUAAAGUUAGAGCGCUAUAUCUCAAUGGUUCGUAACUUUUCGUAGGAACUCUUGGAUCUGAAAUAUUUGAAGUCUAAGUAAACAUUUAAACAAAAUAAGUAGGAUAACCAAGAUUGCUAGUAAAUGGUCAUUACUCUCCAUCUAAUAAAGAUAACAACGAAGUAUGGGGAAUGUGUAUCAAUCCAAGAAUGCCCUAAUAUUACACAGUUAGUGACGAUGCUACUCUGAGAGUCUGGGAUAUAAAGACAAGAAAAUAAAUAAGAUGUGUUCCUCUAAAUGUCGAUCACCUUGGAAAAGAAAUGCCUUUAGAUCCAGCAACUCAAGAACUUGCCCAUGCAACUAAAGGCAGAUGCUGUGAUGUCACUCCAGAAGGAACUUUCUGCGCUAUAGGAUUCAGGGAUGGAAGUUUGAGAGUAUAUGAAACCAAUUAGUGGAAGAUGCAGGCUAAGAAAAGAGUCAGUAAUUAAAUAGCUCAAGAUCUUAAAUUCUCUCCAUGUGGAACAAUGCUAGGUGUUGCUACCCAUGAUUUCAAAAUAACAAUAUACAACAUGACAAAGCUUGACAUAAAAUGUGUUUGUUCAGCUAGUACUGCAGGAGUGACUCAUUUUGAUUGGUCUUAAAGAUCAGAGGCGAUCCAUUCUAAUGACCUAAGCUAUGAAGUUCUUUACUACAACACCGCAACAGGAAAGCAAGAAAAAGGAGGAGCCUCAGCUUAUAGAGAUGAGCACUGGUCGACUUGGACACUUCCUUUAGGCUGGCCAACACAAGGUAUCUGGGCGAUUGAAGAAGAUGGUUCAGACAUUAAUGCAGUAGACAGAUCAAAUAGGAUUCAUCCUGAUGGAUAUCACUUGCUAGCUACUGCAAGUGACUCAAGUCUCGUUAAGGUAUUUAGAUAUCCCUCAGUCAUUGAAAGAUCACAGUUCUUAGAGUGCAGAGGUCACUCAUCCCAUGUUACCAACGUAAAGUUCUCCAAAGACGAUAAGAACAUCUUUUCUGCAGGAGGUAAUGACACCUGUAUCAUACAAUGGAAAGUCACAGAGUGA